UCCUGCCCGAUGCUCAUGAAAACGUGUCGAACCACGGCUCCGAGUCAUACGGAAAAGUUAUCCGUUCCAAGAACCGUCAUUGGACAAAAUCGCGGAUUUGACUAGAUUCAACUCGUAUCGGUCGAACCAUGACGGGGUCUUAGGAAGAGUUGUUUGUUGCGUUAACAAAUUAUCUGUAGCAAUAAGUGCUACACAGAUAGUGCGGUGUAUAGAUGGAUGGUGUUGGCUCAAGUCGGGAGAGAACAUCAUGAACAUUCAAGGACUUGUCGCUCCAUUCCCUAUUGGAGCCCAAUGGAUGGGAUGGCUGACUGGUGAUGAGGAGUAAUUGAAAAAGGUUCAAAGCCACAAAAGGAACGUCUUCAAGAGCAGAAUGAGAUGAGGCAUUCCGUCCACCGCCACCAACACCCUCCCAUCAUCGUCACAUGCCGAAGGCUCUUCUGGCUUGCAGAUAUUAAAAUAUGUGCGUUGCAGCAGCAGUUCGGUAAGCGGUCCGAAUAGUUGGCUGGCGGCGAAGAAACAACAGCCGCAAUAUGUGUGCCGCGGUCAAUCAAUCCGGAGAAAAACAGUAGCUGAGUGUGGAGCUGCCUUGUGGAUGUUGGGCACGGAAGAGAAACAGCAAAAACAAAAACUAAUAUAUAGAGAAAAACCGAGCUUUCUGGUGGUCCUCCCCCGCACACUCUCAAACGCAGCAGCCUGUCUGCGGGGAAUUUUCUCGUAGUGUGUAGUUUUACUGCUAUUUGUGAUGUGCUUCUAGACUGCUAGGUGGAAGAAAGAAAAUUGUGGAAUUUUGCUUCCUCCGCAUGGUGGAAGUGUUAGAGCCAAGAGAAUAUCAUAAAAUCAAUAAAAUAAUCAUAAAAGUGGAGAUAUUUACAGCUGAUGGUGUGUGAGCAACAGCAAAAGCGUGAGUUUAGGAAAAGCCGAACCCAGAAGCUGCUCGUAGUCGGUCAGGUGACUAAAGUGACAAAUCUGGUCUAGAGCGGUCAUUUUCCACGGAAUAUUGGGUAAUCCUGUGACACGUGAGAAAUAGGGAGUGAGCGAAAAAACGCGCUUACGAACAGUGUGAGAGCCUUGGAUAAUGGCCAGGCGUAAAUCGUGCAAUCGUGCCGGAAAUCAAACACACAUUGGCAGAAGAAGCACAAUCUCGCUAGUGUCCCUAACAUCGACUUCGAUUAGAUUACCUCCGGUAGCAGUUUCCCUUGCGCUGUUGGCCGUGGUGUUAGAAAAGUGACAGAGAGUAUGGAACAAAAAGGACCCAUUGAACUCACUUUAAUCAGAAUUGGAUUAAAACUUGCCCUCGGGAGCUACUGCGCGUUCCGGUCAGACGGCUAGUGUCAACGGUUUCUUAUGCUCGGAGUGUUCGGAGUUUGAAGAAGAGACAAAACCGAGAAAGUGCCACCGUUUCGCGCUCGUUGUAGAUUGCGGUGAACCAAUAGCAGCAAAACAGCAGCAAGCGCCACCCGAGCGUAGCGUAGGGAAGUGAAAAGUGCCACAACAGAUAUCCCCGCUGUAAUAAAAUCAAACGUUAAUUGCACUAAUUAGGCAUAUCUCUUUGAGUCUGCAUUUAGUGAGCGAGAGCAGAAGAAAGGAUCACGCUUUCACCAGUGUGGAGAUGUAUUGUUUGUGUUUCGUCCGUUCGUCCGUUGGUGUCGGUGCGAGUGGAGAAGCCAACAUAAGCGAAUAGUGGGGAGGCAAAUUACAUCCCACCCACCCAACUUAUCAAAAACAACAACAGUGAAACCAACCGUGUUUUUAUCAUCCUCUGUGGUGUGGGUAAGACUGGAAUUUUUCAUAAUAAAAAUACAAAAACAAAAUAGAUGAAAGGUGCAGGAUGAAUGAAAAUCACAAAGCUUUUGCUUCGCCUUAAACAGGUCCCCCAGUGUUAGGUGAAAAAUAAAGUGAAAAAUAAUUCCCCUUUGCACGGUCGGGGCCAAGUGCCGGGUAAAUUUUUUAGAACUUUUGUGCCUCACAAGGGAUUUUUGGGUUCAGCUAGAGUUGGAAUUUAUUCCUGCAUAAAGGAAACAGAGCGUGAGAAGUUUUAAAUUUUUGAAAUAGUUUGAAAAGCAAAGCUUUAUGUGAAUGACAAUUAUGAUGUGAACAACAAAGAAGAAAGUAAAUAUCUUGGAUAGGGAUGUGGUGGACCACAGUCCUUUGUGCUGUGUUCGUUGUUGUUGUCGUUGUCUCAAAACAGUAUUUAGACAGCGCCAGCAAAGUGGAAGAAAUCGGGUGCAAUCUGCUGAGUGGCCGCUGUACCAACCAUGAGGAGUAGCAGCUCAGAGCUUCUGCUCGAGCAACAAGCAGAAGAACUACGCAAGAAGAAAUUGCUGGAGCUAGCCGCUGCCAAGAAGGCGAAGAAUGGUCCUGCUCCAAAACGAACGCUGCGUGAGAAUGCCAGCUUCUACACUACUUCCGGAUUGGCGUUUCUGUCGGUGACCGCCGGAGCGUCUCUGCUGUUUCUGGUUCCUCUAUAUGUCGAUCCGGCGAUAUCAACGCUGGUCGGCGAUUUUGUCGAGCGGCCCACAAUGUGUGUUACGACGCGGCGAGAAGAUAUGACCGGGCUGUUCAACUGCUCGUGGAGUUCGUGUCGCGAAGGCUGCACCUCGGAUGUGUUCAAGUGUACCCAUAUCUAUGUGACGUUUAUCGACGAUCUGAACUUUACGUUCCCUUUCAAUGCAACGCCCUCGGAGCUGUUCAACCUGACCGACAUCGAACGGUCGGAGGAAGCGAUUCUGCUGGUGAACAUCAAAGGCUGUGGCUAUCCGCCGACGGUUAAGUGUAAAAACUUCACCGAGAUGUACGGCUUCGAGGGCGCCGUGUUUCCGUGCUAUUACUCAAAACAGAACAAAACGGUCGUGAUGACCUCCUACAACCGGGAGGACCAGGUGCAGACGAUCAUACACUUUUUCGUGGUUCCAUUCAUCGUAACGGUGAUCUCGUCGGUGUUUCUCUGCAUAAUGCACUGUGAUUGUAGGUGUAAGAAGGAACGACGACGACGGCAUCGACAUCGCCGGCCUAGAAUAGAGAAUCUCAGCGAUUCGUCGAUAUCGACACGGGUGGAUAUGCUGACGCCUGCGAUCGAGGUGUACAAGCCACCCCUCUGACACAAAGACGACACCCUGGAGAGCAACCUCGGGAAUCCAUCGACCAGUAGCGAUCUAUGACGAGGUGCACUGUUGCUGACGGUACGCUUCUGCUGAGCAGUCGUCAUCACCAUCCUGCUGACUCUUCGAACAUGUUCUGGCCAUGGAUGCAUGCGUGUGGGGCAUCUAUUGGUAAGUUUUACUACUUCUCGGUCAAUCAUUUUGCCUGGGAAGCCGAUGUCGAGCAAGCUGUGAUAUGAUGAACGGUCUAGCGCCCUACAUACUCAACACAUGGCAACAGGCACUUCACGUAUGCGGACGGGUGUUCCACACACACACACACACACACACACACACACACACACGUUAGUGUCGUAAACGUGUAACGAGAUACAGCGCAACGCAUGGGAAAGAUACAUUGUAAGCGAGAAAAAAUAUAAUUUAAGUGAGCUAGUUAUUGCCAAGUGUAAAACUAUACGAGAGUAUGCUCCUAUUGCCACUUGGGUUUGCCUCGAAACUUGGGCCUCAUCGCAGGACGAUGAGGCUAUCGGUUUCCUUGGCUCGUUCUGGUGGAUUCAAUGACGACGAUGACGACGACGACGAUGAUGAUGAUGGUGAUGGGGUCGACCCUGACAUUUGCUCCAAACAAUGUGUGGGAUUGGAAGCACGGCAGGCAGGAAACUAGUUCGGUUGGCUGAGGACUUAUUGUCGAGAUAUGGAGCAGUAAUCAUAAUAAUGAACAUGAAUACGAGGAAAUGGAAUGGUUGUUUGUGCGUAGGGUUUCCAGCCAACGUGAGGGAAGCAGCGUAUGUUUUGUCACUCUCGAGCUGAGUUUUGUUUUUCUCAUGAAAUCGUUAGUGGGAAGCGGGUUCUCUAGUGGUUCAGAUCCAGAUACCCACAACGUUCCUUUACAAAUUCAUGUAUGCGACAAUGAAUCCCCACGAUGUUUGUCGACUUCUCACGCUGACUGACAUUUCAGUAAUCAAAUACAAGCUUUAUUCGGGUCACUGGCACCCUUACUGGCGCCGUCAUCGUCAUCAUCGUCCCCGUCUCGGAUGCUCAGAAGCUGCAAAGCGCAACUGGAAAUGAACAGCUUUAAUAAAAGUUGCGUACGGAGGCCAUGUUGUUAGUUGUGCUUCAAUUUGGGGGUUAGAUUAAAAAAGCAGGCCAAGCUGGCGUAACGGAAUCAAUAGAAGCCGUGGGUGAGGAAAACUGCUGCAGUACCAGAGCAGAACUAUAGAUACUGUCUCUUUUGGGUGUCAAAUUAAGCAACAAAUCAUUAUUUAUUAGGAAUAAAACCAAUUGAAAAUAGUGAAAAAACAGUAAUCAUAGAAAAAAAAACCGGCAGAAAUAAAGUCGUAAGAGAACUUUAUAUAUAGACAGAGAAAAAGAUGCUGAAGUUGAAAACAUUUAACCCGUAGACAACUAGGAUGGAUGUAGAUUAAGUAGGAUUAAACAAGGUAACUAAUAUAUGAGAACAGAAAAUGACUACCAAGUAACGCAUUAUAGCUUACAAGAGUAAGUGACAACAAAAAAAAAGCAAACAAAAAUAUAAAAAAGUAAGCAAACUGAAAACCCCAUUCUUUUAGCUAUUUUUUUCUAUCGUCGACAUGUAGCGGGUGUAGUGUAGUGGGCGAAUUAGGAACAAUCGAAAUUUUGCUUGCCUUGGACAGGGGAAGGGUCAGACAAAAUUGAAGACAGCAAUAAUUAUGUAGGAUUGGCUUUCUAGCAACAAAAUUCAAUAACUUAACGAUUAAUUAUUCGAUUUCUGAAUUACGGUUUUUGUGUAUCGUUGAAUGUGAAACCGUUUAGAGCCGUACUGUAAGAUGCCAGUGUGGUUAGUUGCAAUAUUUUCUGUUAAUUUCACGAUGCAAACAAUGUAAUUGAGAGCCUUUACACUAGUAACUGCCAAAGCCACACACACAAACAUUAGAAGAAGAAAAAACUAGGACAAGUGAAAUGCAUUACACAUCAACUGGAAUGUCGCUCACCGAGACAAAGAAACCACACAACGGGAGGCGAAGAUUCGCGAGGAGCUACGUUGAUUUUUUCAAGGAUACGGGUCUAGGCGAUAUGUUUAGCAUGAGUUUGAGAGGUUUGUAUAAUAAUGCUGAACAAGGAGUGUAGGCUAGCAAUCCUGUUAUGUUUAACGUUUAGAGUUCAAAAUCAACAAUUGGACAGUAACAUUUCGUAAAUAAUCGCUGAGAUCAAGAAUAACAGUGUAGUUUUGCGCGGUGGCGAUAUCCUAACCAAAGGGGUUUUACCAAGGUUCGAUUACUGCUAGUUAAAAAAAAGACCAACAGUGCUGCGGUCACUUCGAAACUGUGCUCAACAGAUUUUUAACCCUUCGAAACAAACCAUAGGAUGAUGAACAGUUUACAUACUUUAAUGAGAAAUCCAACAUCUCACGCAUGCCAACAAAUGAGGUCCGAAGUCCAUCCCAGAACGUCUCGCCCACCAAAAUGAAGCGUACCAUAUCGGAAAACCUUGCCAUAGCCAGACGAAUCUUUUCACAAACGAUCGAAAUGAGAUUUUUAUAUCCCUCACGAGUUAAAAGGGCAUGCCCCUCAGGGGAGUGAAAACAAUUAUUAUAUCACGUGCGCUCGCGCUCGCUCUCAUCAUUUGUGUAGCACAUCCUUUACGAGCGUGUGCCCCUCUGUGGAACCAUCCGUUGUUCAAUUCCGGUUCCCGUUGUGUGCUCGCUUGCCAUACGCACACGCACGGGGCGAUGGGACCAAGUUUGGUGAUACUAAAUGAAUUUUAUGAAAUCAGUUCCUUGCCCUCCGUUAAAAACUUUUCAGGUUUCGUUAAAGCUUAUAGAUUCAUAUUUUGUGCGAUGUUUCUUAUUUUAUGUGCUAUUUAUAUAUAGUGCGAGAAAAACCUAUAAGCUAUGGAGGCGAAUGAACUGCAAAGUUUAAAGCCUCUUAAAAACAAAGAAACGAAACCUAUAAGCGCAUAUACUUUUUUUGAUUAGGCAUGUGAUCAAAAUGUAUGUGCGCAACAUCUCCAAGUUUUUUUUGAGGAGUUUCAAGUCCAUAACUCUGAUUGAUCGGUUCAAAAUCUGACACAGAACAUAAUGACAGCGACAAAAUAGUAUCAAUCUGAUGCUCAUCAUUCGAAAACUUAAGGUGCCCUAUUUUAACAUGACAUAAAAUUUGAAAUGUUCUAUCAGCGGAACUAGAACAUUUAUUCAGGCAUUUAUCGAAAUUGAAAACAUUGGACAAGUGACAUUGGAAUAUAGAAUAGGUUUCAUGACUUAGAGAAGUGUCUGAUUCCCCAAAAUAUGAAAAAAAAAAAAGAAAAAGAAGCUUCUUAACUGCAAUAAUUUUUUGUUGAGUAACGUAUACGUGAUAAUGUUUGCAUCAUUGAGCAAUCUCUGUAUACUUUUGUCGAUUAUUUCGAUCUAAGAAAAUCUUUGAUGAAAAUUAGUUUUUUAGUGUACAGUGUUGGAAAUAUAAAAGUAAAUAGCAUUACGUAAAGUACUAUUUUAUGAUUUUUUUUUAAAUUCACUGCAAUUUGUAUGCAAAUUGUGCUUUGGGCCAUUGUCCUGUUGGAAAAUAUAGCCUUUCUUAUUCAUUUUCCUGAGUGAGUUUUCCUCCAAGACCUUGACUUAGGAUUCACUGGACAUCUUUCCAUCGAUCUUCACAAGAUUGUCCACCCCAUUCCAGGAAAAAAAGCCCCACACAAGCAGUGAUUCUCCUCCUUGUUUAACUGUUGCUUCAGUAAAUUUGGAUAACAGACGCUCAGACUUCAGGCAACGAGUUCGCUGACGUUUCUUCGUGUUUUUUAGCUCAAACUUACUCUCAUCGGUCCAAACAAUCUUCUUCUAAAUGUCAGUAAGGCGGGAAGCAUAUUUCUUUGCGAAAUCCAGGCGUUUUUUGGUAUUAGCUUUCUGCAGUAAUGGCUUUUUCUGUUUGAAGAAGCGCUGUAGACCUUAUGUUGAGGCCCAACUCUUUUUUAUGAUUAUCGAAAUCACUCUGAUCGAAAUCUGCGAUUGCACGAUAGCUCACAUUCGCUUUCACUUCGGAAACGAUCAGUUUCCGAAUUUCCAUCGACAUUUGGCCCUAUAUCUUAUGUUUCUACCUUUCUCACGAUACCGAAAAUGAAGCUUGACGAACAAACAACACAAUAUUUUGGCAAAUACGAGAUCGAAUGAUCCAACCUUGUUUACCUUUUAUUUUCCGACAGUAUGCAGUAAUAAGCAAUGUAGUUGUAUUUGUUGCAUCAAGCUAUGUCGACUACAGUGUUGCCACAUUUUUAUCUGUACCAGUUGAAAAAUAUUUCUCACCUGUACUUUUUCAUCCAAAAAUUUGUAUAUUGAAAAUAUUCGUAGUAGAGGAAAAUCUUUUUUAUUAGCAUGCAAAAAAAUCAUUUAUCCACUACGAAUACUACAUUUACAUUUGCAAGUCAUUCGUGUGUUUGAUGAUGCUUAUACAUAUUUUUUUCUGAAUCUAGAUUGCAUACUAUCAUUUAUUGAAAUUUCCGAGAAAAAAUCGAACAAGAAAAAAUCGCUCGACAGUUGCCGAAGAAUGAGGCAUAGUGAGAACGUUACAAACAAAGCGUCGAAGCACUGAAAAUGCGAAAUCAAUUCUUUUUAGGCAUACAUUUUUGUCCACCUGAAACUGUGAUUUACUUACGGAGUAAUUUUAUCUUUAGGGUAUGAAAUUAAUUCUCCAGAUCUUGUAUAUUCCCAUUGUAGAACCCUGGAAACGCUUCUAUCACAACGUUAAUGUUUGUCAAAUUGAGAAAAAUUCUGGAAUUUAACAUUGCUGCAGCAUUGAGCAUCAAAAUCGAAUCCGUUUCUCAAUUGCUUGAUCAGCUCCACGAAAAAACUGCGACAAAUAUCCUUAAAAAUGAUCUGCCUUUCGCUGUCCAUUAUUCUGAUAGUUUCUUUUGCUGCCAUUCAAACUAGUUGCCGUAUUUCAUAUAAUCUUCAAGUUCAAUAGCAUUGGAAAUUGAACAACGUAAGUUUCCUCGAAUAAUGAGAAUGAUCAAAUAAAAAUCCUUCAGCUCUUCAUGUAGCAUUCAACGAUUCAAUCUGUUUAUCUUGGGCAAAACAUACUCCAAAAAAAACCAACUGCGGCGUAAAAGCCGUCAUGUACCUUCAUGUUCAAAUGUAAGAAAUUUCACAUGUGAAAACGUCUGUACCAAUCUGUGCUUUUUGACGAAGAUCUGUACCCUGUACCGUACAGAAUCUGUACCAAAAAUAACGAAAAAAUCUGUACCUUUCCAGAUAAAUCUAUACGUGUGGCAACCUGCCAGGCUGGAUUAUGUAGGGGUGGUCAAAUCACCUACUUCAUUAAGAUUAAUCGUUACAAGUAGCAAAAUAUACCAGUUGUUUACUUUUUUAUUUCUAAGCACUAAGCAUGGGACAAAUCACGAAUACGCUGCCACUUCGUCAUUGUGCAACUGUCAAACUAAGGAAAUCAGCUUCUUUUUACACUAUGGAUACGAAUGUUGAAUGCUGAGAUUGAAAUGCUCGCCAAUUUGAGUGAAAAAACAUCCGUUUUCGCCCACAGGGAAAAAAAAUAGUUUAGAAUAUAGGAGGCGGGAGAAUGUUGUACACUCACUUCGAUUCUCGCGAGAAACACAAAGCCGAUUUUUAUUUUUCGGCGAGUAAUGAUUGCCGAAAAAUGGUUUCGUUGAAAACAUUGCAUGGAAACAUGCGUUGACAUCGUAUUUCAUCUUGAAGUGAACAUAAGAUGGGUUAAUAUUUUACAAUUCAGGCGCUGUCCAAAUGCAGGUCGUUUAGACGCUGUCUAAACAGGCUAACGUUGGUAGAGGUAGCUCCGAUUUUUCGCUCCAUAUUUUCAGUACCAAAAUGAGAGACGAAAAAGCAUUCUCGUUGAACUUCAGAGGGGGAGAUUUUCUCAUAUCUCAUUCUCUCUGAAAAAGAAUUUUUGUUGAAAAGGAAGAGACGAAAAUUCCAACAUUUAACGACUCAUCAAAAACUAGAUUGAUUGACUAAAUAGAGGAGAUGUGUCUAAAACGCGCCUGCCGGGCAAUUUGACCCGCCUGAUUUUCUCGUAAACCAGCAAGAAUAGAAAUGCAAUGGAUAUAGGCAAUCGUGCUAGUCAAUGAUAGAAUCCUACCAUUCAAGUUUUACAUUUGUAUGUUACUUUAAAAAAAUAAGAUAAAUAAUUUUCUUUGGAAGCGAUUUUCGAUGUAAUUUUCUACAUAAUUUCUAUAAGGUUUUUGUUGCUUGAAACCGAUUCAGAGGCGAUAACUGUGGGUCAUAUUCAUUGAGUCGAGUUCCCAGUGAAUAUCUCAGACGAAGAAAAUGGUAAGAAAGGAUUCUUUUCUUUCUCAAUUCGAUAUUUUCCGCAUCAGCUUUACAUCGGGCAGUAUGACAUACCCUCGAUCGGGGCAAUUUGCUCGCUUUUGGCCGUAAACAUUCUCACGAGAGAAAUAGCUUGUAUGUGAGGGAUACCAGAUGAUUUUUUUCAAAUAUCUCUGCAUGGCACGAAUAAUGUCUUCAAAUAAAAUCAUAAUGAACAAAAAUGAGCAAACCAUCACGAUAUUUCAAAAUCAUGUUCGAUAAAUCACAUAAACAAUUAUUUUCACUUACUUUGAAAUGAUCUCAGUAUGUUUUCACAAAAUUAAAUGUCUUCAAAACGAAAACAUGUCUUCACAUCUGGCAUCAUUCUCAGAGAAUGCAGGAAAACAAGAGCGCGGACUGGAGAAUUAACGCACAAUUACUAGGAGAACACGCUCACCGGAGGAACGGUUUCUUCUCUUCGCUGGUGGGCAUGAAGGGAAUAGAUUGAUGGAAUCUCUCAUUCAUACAAACUGUUUCUCUGAGCUUUAUAGUCUCUGAGAGAAACAACUCAUGGGCAUAUUAUACUUCUGCUGGGCCAUUUAACACCGUAUGAUUGGAAAUUUAGAAUUUGGGCGCCUUACAAAAUAAAAUUCGUAGCACUUUUGUUAUUGAGUAUCUAAAAUACAGAACGAUUGCAAAUAACUGAGGGUUAACUAAUUUACGUACUGACGUAGUUGUUUCCUUAAAUUUUAAGACCACGGUCAAAAUAAAUCCAUUCUCGCAUAGGGGGUGCAUAUUACACACUUCUCCUAUACUUAUCUAGCAGCUGAGCGAGAAUUUCGAUCUCUGGUUAAAAAUAUAUAAAAACAAAUCACCUUGUUGAAAACUAAGAGACGAAUGAACUCUCUGAGUUUAAAGUCUCUUUAAUUCAAUACCGUUACCGUUGAAAACUACCAUCACCAUCGGGCACAAUUUCGACAAUACACUCUCAGUUGAUUUUUGUUAGCACAGAAAAGAUUAUUAUACCAAUUUAAUUACAGACAAAACAAAAACGAUAACCAAACGCGGGGUUAUAUAGAAAAUACAUGAAAUAGGCGGCCUAAUUUGCGAGCGAGUGCAAAAUUUGAUUAUGAAUAUUCAGCUGCUAGAUUCCGGCCGCGCUAGAUAGAGCAGUCACGUGGGACCCGUGGGGGCCUCGACUUUACUUCCUCUGGUGAUGGCAGUUGGUCCUGUAUCCGUUGGAAGGGUUAAUCAGGCAAAACUGUUUUCAGGCUUCUAUUGUUUUGGGAGCGAGAUAUAGGCCUCGUUCGGGUCGGAUUUUCAUCAGCACAAUAAUUAGCCCUGGUUUUUAUGAAAGGCGCGUCCGCAGUAUUUUUUGUUUGCAUCCCCCGAUUCGGCUGGUGCAAAUUGUUGUUGUAUAGUACUGGUUGCUUUCUCUCGCGUCGGUUGAUAGGCGAUUUUAGAGACCCGAUUAUGAUUUUACUCUAAUUACCCUGGGGCAUCUGAUUUUGAUAGCACAACGAGCUUCGCAGCCCGCCGGAUAAUGGCGAUGUUUAUUAUUUGAGGAGGGAAUUACACUCAGUGAGAUGGGUCACAUGACGAUGAAUUAGAAUUAUUUUUGGGAUGUUGAAAAGCUUCAGUGGAGGUACAGUUCCGAAUUGGCACGCAGCUGGGCGCUCCGUACCCCAAACGAAAACCACAGUGAUAAAUCAGCAUACAAACACACCACAACUAGACGAUCGCAAAUAGACAGGUCAACAUCAAAGCUGAGCACUCAUACAGGAGCAGCAGUUCGAUACCGGAUCCAUUCCUACCUGGCGUGGGAGCGGCGAUAAUGAAUGAAAAACGAUUAUCGUUUUUCUAGUCGAAAAAUAAAUAACUUGUGCAUGACAAUAUUGAAAUCAAAUACUAAUUGUAGGUAUAAUGUGAACGAAAAAAAACAACAACUAAACUAGAAACAAUUAAAUAGUCAUGGACUACGGUUUAUAGGGCGUGUGCAGGAUAACCUGAUAGUGUGUGUCUGAACUGAAACCAGUUGAGUUUGCGCAGGUGUCCGAGGAGACCGGGUAGGGUCACGGGUGGAAAACCCAACAGGGAUAAUGUAAAUUAUUGUAGUGUUCUGGAUAGCCAAUUUAACAAAACCCGCUCUAGUGGCGGCGUAAAAAACUGGUUAACCACUUUCAAACCUACAUAAAGCUGUAAAUCCCAGGUAGACAUAGUCACAUAAAUAGAAACUUUUGCUAUGCUGUGUAGCAAACGAAUACAAAAAACCGAACGAUACAACAGUCGUAAAAACAAACUAACCAAUUAAAAUAGUUGUGAACAAUAUCGUUAUAGUUGUUGUGGUGGGGGAACAGCUGAAUAAAACGCAUCUCAACCACAACAAACGAGGUCAAAUUAGCGAUAUAGAGUUGACAGGAGUGUCAGAGCAGCCAUAAUACAGGGUGAAACAGAAAGGCAUACAUCGUGGGCCUACCAAGCUAAAUACCCCAAUUUCACGACUUUACGUGAAUCGAAUUGUCUAAGUGAGUGAGAGUAAUUUGAUUUGAAAGGAAACGUUUGUUGUAAGUAGUAAAUGGCACUACAUCAGUUCAUUACUAGAAUUGUUUUUCUUUGAUUUCACUCUUUCGUUUGUCAGCAAAUUUUUUGUUGUUUUUUCAAUACUUUUAAUAUCGAGCCAAUUCGCAUAAUUCAAAAUAAAGCUUUGUUUACGUCAGCGGUUAGAGGAUAAGCGUGGUGGUUCAACGUCCGUGUUUACCAAGCGUGUCCAUGAUGAUGGUGAUAAGUGUAGAAUUUGAAAUGGUAUCAAAUGGAUAUUUGUUGAAUACUUGACGUAGAUCAGAAAUGUCAUGAAUAAUAAUCAAUUCUUUAUGAGAAGCUCAGAAAACUGUUUUUGAAUUUAAAAAAAAUACAAAUGUCUGUAGCAGGCAGAGUUAAAAAACCCAUAAUGAUGAAGCUCUUCGGAAAUUGCUGAAAAUUUUGUGUGUGAAAUAAACUCUAGAUUCAAACAGUAAAUCUUCAAAGGAGUCAUGUUUCAAAAAGGCAUGAUCAGGGAAAUCUCUGUUAUGCUUCCCAUCAGAAUGAUGAUCCUCUAAGAACGGAACUAGAAUCUUCUCCAGGCACUUCUCCUGGUACACCUUCUGGUUGAUGUCAAGUCCGCUCGGCUUGUUAAACCAGGGCUUUGAAAUCUCUUUGUCUGAGAUUGCAAUAUACAGUAUUACUUUCUUCUCAAACUUAUGCUUGUAUUUGUACUUCACCCCGGGGGGUGUGGAUGCCUUGUCGUUGGUAUAGUACCAUUCGUCGUCCACCGGCACUGAGAUUUGACGGUCCCUAUCUGCUCGGCCGUGUACUCUAAGGACCUAGUCUUCUUCCGACAGACGAUACCCUCGUGCUUGAAGGUUAUGUGAAUGUGGGAACAGGAGCAUUUUUCAACCGGCGUCACGCAAACUCGUACCGUCCUCGUUGUCGAACAGCUUUUUCAGAGAUUCCUUCUUCUUUUUCGUCAUGAUCUUCACCGGACGGCCACUCCCGGUCUUCCGCUCGACGUUCUGGGAUGCCAGGAUUCGGUACAAGUGCUCACCGGCACAAUUUCGUCUCGAAAGUAGUCUACUGUAAAGUUUUUUCCUUGACUUUCCCGUGUUUCGAAGAACCGUUUCAACGGACUCUUGUUGUUUCGAUGCUAUCUUUGAUUGAACUGACAGCACCCGAGCGAAAAGAAACGAGAAUCCCGUUUCUAGGGGGCCCAGAGUGCAAUUAUCUCGGUGAGAAAAAAAACGCUCUUUACUUUUUUUACAGAAAGGUAUUGAAAUCAUUCCAUUUUUAAUAGAACACCCGUUACCUCUUUGUUGACUGAACGAAGUGGUAUGAUAAUCACUUCAUUCGAUAAAUAAAAGGUGUACGAGUGAUGUUUCUUGACCCAAAAAAGUAUUCAAUACACUGAUUUUUUUUUUACGCGACUGAUGCAUGCGCGCAAAAAAUAAAAUCGCUUUAAAAAAAUAGCCUAAUUUCGAGCAAAUUGCGUAAAUAUAAGAAUCGCAUAAUUUCGAGAGCAUCACGUAAAGAAAAAUUACCUCAUCAUAGGCACGUGACAAGCGCCCACACUCGCAAAGGAUCUCGCGCAAAAUAAAAUACGCACAAAAAAUAUCGCGUGAAAAAAAAUCCUGAGUAUUUUUGUUUUGAACGCAAACUAUUGAAAUCUCAAAAAUCUAUAAACAUGGGUACCUGAUUGAAAUUCAAUCUCAGUCAUGGUUAGCCAGCGAUUAAUACAAGAAGCAUGGUAUUUAUGGCAUGUAUGUGACUUUUGUAUCCGCAUGUAUUUGUGCAGAUCGAAAUGUGAAAUGAAUCUAACACGUACGACAAAAUCGAAGAACCUGACGAAGUCGUCGUUGCGGAAAAAAGUUACAGGAAGUUUGUGUCCGAGAAACUACCGCAUGGUAGACGAAGGAUUAUGUUAGGGUUUUUGUUGCAUGUUGAUGUUGGAUAUGUUCUGUAUAGAUAACACAAUUUUCCCUUCAAACCAAUGGAACACGAAGCUAAAUGCAUCAACGCGAAUUUCAAUUGGAUGAAAAACGGCUACUACGGCAGAACAUACGGGAAAUCAUUUUUUCGCAUUUUCCUUCAAAGUUCCAAUUUAUCUCGCCGUAUAAACCACCCCCGGGUGAAGACGAUCACAGCAAAACAAAUAGCUUGAAUCGGGCGAUCCAUUCUCGAGGGGCGAGCAUACAUUUAAGGCGGUUAAUUUUAAUAUAAAAAUAUUGAAAACAAUUAAUCUGGCUUUAAAGAUGUUGCCAGCAAAAAUGCUACCAGAUAGUGUUUGAGCCCCUGCAGACUGCAGACUUUUUAUCGGCCGAUAGUUUCGUCGAGUUGGCCUGCUAGUGCAAAAACCGACCCAACUGAAUCGAUGUGAACCCAGAUUUUUUUUACCGCGGUUUUAUAUGAAGUUUUUUUUAAACGGAUUUUCCAAAUAACGUUAUUUUCUUACGCGGAAUUUCUUAUUAAUGUGGUUUUUUUACGCGGAUUUUUCGAUCAACGCAGUUUUUAUGCGGUACCCGCGUAAACAAACUUCAAGAAAACGAAUGGUUUUUUAUUGAUAAAAUGUUUACUAAAAAUAGGCGUUUCACAAGGAAACAGUAGCCGGCUAAAUGUAAACACAAAUAUCUACGUCACUAUACAUUCUGUCCAAUAUUUACCGGGAAUUUGUAAUUUAAAAUCAUUUCGCUGAACAUUUUUCAAAAAAAAAAUUAACUACAGGGUGGGCCAUUUAAAGUGGCAAGCAUCUGGCAACCCCAUAACUUUUGACAGAGAUGUCAGAUUAACAAAUGUCAUACCGCGUUGGAAGCGUCAUUUCAGUACAAUUUUAACCAUGGAACAAUACACACCUAAACAACGCGCUGAAAUUGUUCAGCUGUACAUUCAAAAUAACUUCUCAAUUGUGUUAACUAAACGUGCGUGGAAAAAUAAAAAUAAAGUUAAAACAUCGCCGACACAUCGCCGAUAUAAUCGACAUCGUCGAUUAUAUGCCAAAUUUAUAUUGUCUGGUAGUGUUGGUAAUGCCAGUCAUCUGUCCAGACAACGACCAAGACGUUUCGACGAGAAUAUUGAUGCCGUUCGAGCCAGUGUUGCGGGAGCGUUAUCGGACAAUGAUAACCGAUUUUUUAUUGCCAUUUGUUCGUGAAAAUGAAUUGGACAAUUACUGGUUUCAACAGGACGGCGCUACAUGCCAUACAGCGGCUGCCACGACCAAAUUAUUGCGCGAAAUGUUCCCCGGAAGAUUAAUAUCGAAAAACGGCGAUUAUGACUGGCCACCGAGAUCACCUGAUUUGACGCCUCCUGACUUUUUCAUAUGGGGAUAUUUCCAAGGUAUACACUGGUAAACCAAGGACCCUGGCUGCGCUGAAAGACAAUAUCCGACAAGAAAUUGCUGCCAUAUCGGCCGAAACAUUGGGCAAAGUGAUGGAAAAUGCCAAAAAAAAGAGCACAUUUUGCGGUCAAGGCCAGAGGCGGUCAUUUACGAGAUAUCAUAAUCAAAAAGUAGUUAGAACAAAUCUCCUUGGACCAAAAUAAAUGAAUUUAAAAAAAAAUUAAAUUCCACUUCUUUACUUUGCUAUUGCAAAAACAAAUCCUUCCACUUUAAAUGGCCCACCCUGUAGUACAGGGAAACUUUGAUAUAACGUACAUUUCACUUUCAAAAUUGUACGUCGUAUCGAAUUGUACGUCAUAUCGAAGCAUAAGAAUGAAUUCAAAAAUAUGGCUCAGAUUACUUUAUUUUGUUGUUGUUUGAGUAUGGUUAGUAAGAAAUGGUGAUAAACUAAUAGAUGAAGCCAACUUUUAUUGUCAUUUUUCCUUCAUACAAUUUAUUGAAUGUAAGGUAAAUGAAGGUGAAGGUAAAUAACUAAAAAAUAAAUUUGAAAAACACAUUGAAACCAAAAUCAAUUCCAUUUAUCAAAUCCAAAAAAAAGUGAAACAUUUUUCUUUGAGAAUUUUUGAGUUCAAGCAAACCAAUUCAUAGAAAUGAUAAAUGGAAACAUAACCUUCCCUAAAGAUCCCUAAAGAUGUUAUCAGACCUUUUUUUCUACGUGCAAUGUUAUCCACGUUGAUCUUUCACAAAGCACACUGCGCAUUUAGAGAUCAACUUGCUUUCAUCGUCCUUAACCACAACAUUUCCAUUUAGGUUUUCAUCUUCCAGACCAACUGAUGCCGAAAUUCGAAAAAAUUCCUCAUCCUCAUCUUGUUCCAAGUGCAAGAGUGAAUAUCACCUAAUGGGUUGAGCACUUGCUUAACGAUUCUAUUGUCUAUUGGGAUCUUGAUUUCGGCGUCUUCUUCAUCAUUGGUUGGUUAAUUCCCUUCGCAAUGCUCUUCAGACUCUCUUGUAAUACGGAUCGGUUGGUGGAGUUGGGAGGCGAAACCUUUUAAAUAUGGCUCCAUCACUCGUUCGUAGUUUCUCUGCUCUGUGAAAUUCCGAGAGUUUAUCGAGAACAAGAACGGCUUUGAGGAUGGCUUAAUCAUACUUCAAAAAUGUAUCAUCCGAGAGAUUCUUUGUCGUAAAUAGGCAGAUCGUGAAGUUUAUUAAAAAUCCGAUGAUUGUUGAACUUUCUAAUUAAUAUGCGCGGCACUUUUUAAAAAUUUGGUCAAAAAAAAAUCUCUUCAAAGAAAACCCCCUUUCGAUUUGCAGUGCGAUAAUUUUUUUUUUUUUUUGAAUUAUUCAUCAUCAAAAACGAAGGGUUAAUUCUUCAUUCAAAUAAAAAUAUAAGGAAAGGUCCUACGUAAACUGAACGUAACGUAAUUGAAUUUGCUAUUGUACUGGUUAGCAAAAUUUUUUGAAAAUUCACAAAAUUCCUGUAAAACCAGAAAGAAAUCGAUUUUUUAUUUCUUCUCGAUAUUUUUGUCCACUACAUUUACAAACACAAAAAAAAGCAAAAUGUUCGUGAAAUAUUCCAAAAGUUUUAAAAAAGUUUUUGAAAGUUUAAGUUUGUAUCAUUAACUAAAUAGAAUAUUUAGAAAGCUAGUUAGCUUUCAAACGUAGUGAUAAAAAUCUGCAUGGGGGGGUACGAUUACGAGUUUGAGUCACUGUAUGUUGUCGAUGGAAUGACUUAAAAACAUGAGCCGCUCUCGAAUGCAUUGAAGAUUUUAUUGCUAUUGGUCAAAGAUAUUUUGAAAAAUUUUGUGUUGCUAACACAAUUUUCUGUCCCGAAACGUAUAAUCUAACCUUUCCAUCAGAAAGUUUGACAGCCUAGAAGAUUGUUAUAACUCGGAAAGUUUUAUCGUACAGAGGCUCCUUGUGAUAUGUUCUGUGGCUAUGUAAAUGAGCCGAAAACUAAACAGCAAUCGACUGUGUGGAUUUCUCAAAGUGAACCAAACCCUUCAAAAGUUGAUCGCGCUCUUGCAAACUUCCAAACAAAUGGUCGCCAGUUUAUUACAGUUUACAGUAUUACAGUAUUAUUAAAAAGGACUGUUCAUGUGGCAAAAGUACACUUAGAGAAACGUAGAUCAGUCAAUACUGAGUGGUACACAAACAUUUGUUUGCCAGAUGUCUUCGGCCGAAUGAGGAUAACAACUCAAGACGACGAAUCAUUAUUCAUCAUGACAAUACGAGCUCUUACACAUCGGCUCAAACAACCGAUUAUUUGACCGGUGAAGACUCUGAUUUAAUAAGUUAUUCAUCAUACAGUCCUGAUUUGACACCUAACGAUUUUCUUUAUGUGUCGAAUAAACUAUGUGGUCAACGAUUCUCGAUGCCCGAUGCUUUUAAAACACAUGUUUUGAAGGUACCAUUUUCGAAGUAGCAUGGAUGCUUUAAUAAAAGGUUUGAGCGAAUACAGAAGGGUACUGUUCGUCAUGGAGGAAGUAUUCCAAUACAGAAUUACAAUGCAGCCAUUUUCAAUGACAUAUUACCGUGUUUUUCUUACUAUUAGCAAAAUCUCCGGAACAACCCUCGUAUACAAAUAAAUUAAACCUCAAUAAGGAUGAUGUGACCAUUUGUUUCAUUUUAUUAAAAUGAAGAUAUGUCUAGAGCAACAUGUCAAAAGGGUCUAUCUUCUUUGAUCGAUUCUCUUCAUCUACAUUCUUUUUCAUUAAUACCGCAUCGGUAAAAGUAUUUCCUAAUGUAUUCAACGAUAAGAAGUGUAAAAGGUAAUCUAGUUUAUCAAACUACGUAGCAAAAUUGGAGCAAAAUCUGUCUGAAAGGCCGUGGUUAUCGAAAGAGGAAAUCGCUGUAGAGAAUCGACCAAAAGGAAGGGCCCUUUUGACAUAUUGCUCUAGAUGUGUUCCCAUUUGACAUCUUUGUUUAUAUACAUCGAAAUGACAAAGAAUAACAUAGCAAACCACUUCAAUGGCAUUCGACUGUGACUCGAAAUAACUAAUUUUCCAGCAAACUUUGGAUGCUAUAAAUCUUCGCUCUCAUUUCGCGAAGAUAAUAUAAUACUGUAUUUUGGUCUUAACAUUUGUAUUAGUUCAGUCGUUCUAAAUUGUAUACGAGUAAUAAGAUUUUACCACCUUUUUGGAACAUUUUUGUUUAUUGCUUAUUCAUUUUCGUCUAAUCGUCGAAGCUGGUUUCUCCAAAACAUCGAAUCAUGAAUAACUCUCCGAACACCCUAAAUUUACCACCAGUGCUCUGCACUAUUUUAAAUUUAGAAGACUUGAAACAAUGUAAAGCCUUCCAUGAAACAACUUCCAUCUCCGUCAAUCAAUGUCAGUCGUAUUCCGGUCUCGUUCUGGCGUGCGCCUUAUUUAAGGACCCUAGGUUUGGAAGGCACGAUUUGUUGCAUCCCGGCUGCAUAUGAGCCGCUGGAAUUACGACAACGCUCUUGACGGUGGGAACUUAUGGGAACGGAGUUUCAAAAGGUUUAAUUGCUGGUAGUUAAAACGACUGUGGACUGGAGGGGGCAAUCGUAUCUGCACGCAACACUUGUUGAUGUUAGCGACACGAACAGCUGAAAAAUUAUUUCUCCCAGUUGGCAUCUGUUGCGUACAGAUGUGGCGGUGCUGAAAAAAUCCUCACUGUUUUCAAGUCAAUCUCCGUGAAUGAACACGCAGUGCAAACUUUGUGCCAACUUUGCCAAAAACUUUCCAAAUCUUUAAUCUGAUGUCACGCAGCACAACAUAUCGGCGCAUUAUAUCUCAAUCGAGCUGAGGUUGGAAAAUACAAUCUCCAUCUUCCACUGGGAGUACGAAAGGACGUCCUUUCGUUCAUUUUUUAUUGGGGUUUCACGCCAACCCUCAAACCUGGCGGACAAACUUUAAAUCUUCAAAAGUACCGUGCCUUUUGCUUUCCGUUCUACCUUCUUCAUCAGCAGACGAAUUAGGACGUCAAAGAAUAUUUAUGUAAAUUUCAUACAAGUAGCUUACACACGCGAGCCGGUUCGUAUACACAUAGUCGGGCAUUGAGUUUAAAUUGCCAAAUAAUGAUUUGCAAGUGUGAGCGAGUAUUUGAGUGUGUGGGCAACUGUGUUGCGUCUGGUUCCAUGCCAAUUGCGGACGUGUAUGCACGUCUCGUGUUUUCAUUGUGCUCCGCCGGAACAACACGACCGAAUGAGAAACCUCAUUUUGAACGCCGAGAAGCUGACUGCUUCCUGCAUUAGCAUAUAGAUGUUGCUGCUUUGUUUAAAAGUCAAUUUGCACUUGUUACGGACCAAACCAAUGCGAAUUUAUGGAAAGCAGUUUAAUUGUGGGAUGUUCUUUGGUGAAAUGACGAUUAAUCAUCUAAUGUUAGGAACUUCACGAUAUCAGAAGACAAUCCAGAAAAAUCUGAUUUACCGCACAUGGCUCAAAAUAUUUUCUUUAAAUUAAUCAUUUAGGUUGCUCGUACAAAAAUGCUUUAAAGAUGUUUCUUUUUAUACAAUUUUAGCUAUUCCGCCGUCCCUUUUCAGAAAGGUUGACGAUUACCACCGCUAGGCCCACCAAGAGGCAUUAAUUUUUGAUGACCAGCCAUCGGCUACAGAGCACGGUUGACGUACACAAGCAGCGAUGGGGAACGUAUGCUUCUACAAGCUUUUUUUGUUCUCGAGUAAUCGCUCCUACCCGACGAGACAUCGUUUGACACAAGUCACCAAAAAAAUCGAUACCGUGGAAAUCCGCAUCUGGAAGCGGAACAACAAUCAGUAGUGAAUCGUCCAAAAUCGGAGGCAAAUUGGUGCAAUCAAUUUCCAUUUGGAUUGUAUACUCCCUCCGUGAACGAGGACACGCGUUUGUUUUUCCUCAUCCGAAAAAUUGCUGUUUACUGAGUGCCGGGUCUCCGGCACACGGCCGGUCGCCCUCUCAGUUUCUGCUCACCCUAACGUGUCAUUACCCAUCUGUCACUGAACAGAGAAAGCAAUCACAUUAAUAGUUUUAGCUUCCGGCAAACGUCACGAAAAUUCCGAGAAUGGAUUUGCCUACUCCACGUGUGCGAGAGUUAUGACCGACCGCCAGUUGUGGAAAAGGUCGAAGGGGCGCAGCAGACGAAAAAUGUGUAUCACUCGUUCAAUUCAGCAAAUAACACGCGAAGUUGUUGUUUUCCGACAAUUUUUUUCGAGCAGUUAAUGAACUAAGUAAUUCGUUGAUUCACUUCGACAAUAGGCAAUUCAACUGCCUAACGAUUUCAUCACUGUGUCCUUAUUGCGGCUUAGGAGGAGGUGUUCUCACUGAUUUGUUUGUUACUCGGAGUAGCGAUGAGUGGAAUCCGGUGAAAAGCGGACGAAUUUUUGAAGUGAAAUUAGUCGUAUUAAAAUCGACACGAAACGUGCAAUUUGAACUUUUAGUCUGGUUGUAAGCAUGAAUAUAAUAACUCGCUGACCCAAGCUAGUGUUUUUGAGUACUUCAUGAAAUACGGUACAAAUUAUAAUCAGAAGAUAUAGCUUCCUCAACACCGGUUCACGGUCAUCUCUGUUGAUUAGUCCAAAGUAGCAACGUUUGGAGUCGACACAUACCAAUAUGUGUGGUCAUGGUAAAUUCUGAAUUACCGGUAACCACAAGUCAGUAAGUUUUGAGAAACUAGAAUAAAAGUUUAUGAAAAGUUGCAGAUUCUUAAUUCUACAGAAGUAUCUUGUGUUGAAACAUAUUUCAGUUUUUGUUUUGUGUAUAUAUAUAUAUAUAUAUAUAUAUAUAUAUAUAUAUAUAUAUAUAUAUAUAUAUCGUCGUAUAUAUAUAUAUAUAUAUAUAUAUAUAUAUAUAUAUAUAUAUAUAUAUAUAUAUGUGGCUAACUUCUGACUACCUAGCUCGUUCGCCAUGCACAAAAACAGGUGGUAGUCACUUGGUGCAAGGUUCGGACUAUACGGCGGAUGCAAAAGAACCUUCCAUCCGAGCUCUCGGAGCUUCUGGCGCGUCACCAAAGAAGUGUGUGGCCUGGCGUUGUCCUGAUGGAAAACAAUGCGGCCUCUGUUUAUCAAAGAUGACCUCUUCUUCAUGAGUGCUCCGAAUUGAGCGUUUGGCCAUAGGGAAGCAGCUCAUAAUAGAUUAUUCCUUGACAAUCCCACCAAACACACAGCAGAACCUUCCUGGCCGUUAAUGAGGGCUUGGCCGUCUGAGCCGCUUCAGCGGGCUUCGACCAUGACCGUUUGCGACCAUGACCGUGGGUCACGUAAGUGACCCACUUUUCAUCGCCAGUCACCAUCCGCUUCAGAAACGGGUCGAUUUUGUUGCGAUUCAGCAGCGAUUCACAUGCGUCGAUACGGUCAAAGAUGUUUUUUUUGCGUCAACGUGUGUGGCCCCCAUACAUCGAGCUUCUUUGUGAAUCCAAGCUUCUUCAAAUGGUUAAUAACGGUUCGAUGACUUAUCCCCAGCUCUUGGCCGAUGCUACGGCUGCUACUAUGCCGGUCUUUCUCGGCUAAUUCAGCGGUUUUGUUGCAAUUUUCGACGACAGGCCUUCCGGAGCGUGGCGCAUCUUCGACGACCUCUACACCAGAACGAAAACGUUGAAACCAUCGUUGUGCGGUGGAAAUGGAAACUGUAUCGGGUCCAUAAACUGCACAAAUUUUAUUGGCAGCUUGAGAUGCAUUUUUGCCUUUGUCAUAGUAGUACUGUAAAAUAUGUCGGAUUUUCUCUUUAUUUUGCUCCAUAUUUGUGACACUAUAACUCACGAACGACUUAACCAAACAAAACACUGUCAAGGACUAUAUUAUAGCGCAAAAAUACCUUUCCAACAAGCUAUAGUAUGACUCGAUACAAUGAAUAUAACUAGAACUACGCGCUUAAAACGACACCUCGCGGAAAUACCGCAGAACUUUUUUGACAGCCUAAUAUAAAUGGAUUUCGGUCUGUCUGUCUGUCUGUCUGAUUCUUAUGGACUCGGAAACUACUGAAAAUCAACUUUUUUUUUCUUCAUAUUUCUGUAGUUUAGGCAUUCAAGAAUAUACCCUAGAUAUGUCUUAUCAAAAAUCCUAUUAUUUACCGAGUUAGAGCCAUUUUAGUGAAUCGGUAUCUAACCUGGUUCAGCCAUAACAAUGAACGUCAAACACGUUUUUCUCGAAACUAUUUUUUCCAAACUGGCGUACACGAUAGUUCUACUGAUUCAUGUCGAAUUCAUAUGAAUACAAUCUGCAUGCAUCUCUCUAUCGCAUGAACCACUAAAAAUGAUAAUUUUUGAAUGUAACUAUUUUUAAAAAUCAGGAAACGUAAGAUGUUUUAAACCACAUUUUGUUUGUCAAACAGCCACCAUUUUUUCGCAAAGGAAUUUUUUGACUUGUCCGAGGUUCAUUUGAUAGCGGCAUCUUUACUGAUUCAGAAUCUGUUAAAUUUUGUUGUUUCAGAAAACCAGAAGAGCUGGAAUCGUGUACGCCAUGGCACAACUUUUUUGAACCCCCUCACUUAAUCAGCUUGCAACUAUUUAGCGGAAAAUUUUAAAACGUGGCUUCGGAGUGAAAUUGAUCAAUCGGUAUUUGUCAAGAUUUUCUAGUUUGAUAUGUAUAAAAAAUCAUUUAUUUCUUCACAUGCGGUAAUGUGAAUGAUAAUUCAAGGGUUUGAGGAUACAAAAACCUGUUAUAAUCUACCUAAAGGUGUGGUCAUGCCUUUCCAUAAGUUGAUCCAAAAACUGAUCUGCGGGUUAUCCAGAGUUUUCCAGAGUUAUUCGAGUUAUUCUAAUAUGGCCAAAAAUUCUUGAAAUAAUCACUAAUGAACUAGUUUUGAUAAACCAAGAAGUUCGAUAUGUCGUAUGAUUGGAUUCGAUUCUGGUUACUCGCGGUGCUUUUUUUUAUUCUUUAUUUUGUGAGACUUUUAGCCUCCUGGGCUGGUUUGUCUCAGUUUGUAAAAUUGUUUUUUCUCACUUGUUUCAAUAGUAAUUUCAAGUAUUUGAUCACUAAUUCAAUGAGUGAAUUGAUAUUUUUAGCGUCUAUAUAUACUGUUUUGAUGUGUUUAAAAUAUGUUUCGCUUCUUCUUCUUCUUCAAUGGCACUAACGUUCCUAGAGGAACUUCGCCGUCUCAACGUAGUAUUACUUGCGUCAUUUUUAUUAGUACUUAGUUGAGAUUUCUAUGCCAAAUAACACGCCUUGAAUGCAUUCUGAGUGGCAGGUUCUAGAAUACGCGUGAUCACAGUGCAAGUUGGAGGAAAUUUCUUGGACGAAAAAUUCCCCCGACCAGAACGGGAAUCGAACCCGAACACCCGGCAUGUUAGUUAUGACGCUAACCACUCGGCCAAGGGAGCACAAUAUGUUUCGCUACCAUAGUUAAAAAUUGAAACGUAAAUGCUAUUUAGAAAAAUAUCUAUUUUCAUGCAAUUUAAUAAGUAAUGCGAUGAGAGUUGUUGACAAAAAAAUUGGUGGAUUAUAUCUAUGAUAUAACCGCAAGGUUGACGUGGGACUACCUUAGCUGAGCAAUCAUUUGUUUAUAUUGAUUAAAUUCUUGAUUGAUUGAAACAGUUUCCGAAUUCAAUUGAAUUCAACAUAUUUGCUUUGUGAGUAAAAAGAUUGAAAAAAUGCAAUAUGAGGUUAAUUUGAUAAUUUAAUUUGAUUUGAUUGUGAUAGAUUAUGUUCUUCGUUACAAGUAAAUUUAAUGACAGUCCUCUUUUAGUUUGGCGUGAUGCUAAGGACAAAAUAUGUGAACGGAAGAAUUAUCAAACGAUUUUAUUUAAAAUUUUUGCUGAAGUUUGCAUCUCUCAAGUGUACGUACUUCUCGAACCGCGAAUUUGCUUGAAACAUGAAAGUUCAUUCGCCUCUAGUGUCUGCACGAUUUUCCCUGGCUCCUAAGUUUAGAAGGUCGUGGUAGGGAAACAUAUUCCAGUCUGCACAAAGGCAAGCGAGUACAAAAGUACUCGCAGUUUGCAUUUAUUUGCAAAGCCAAUUUCCCCAGAAAGCUUGGAUUUGGAGUCUGUGGUGGGGAAACACAUUUCAACCGGAACAAAAAUACCCCCAACUUGCAUGAAUUUGCAAUGUCAAGUUCCCCACGCUACAUGGGUUUGAAGUUUGUGUUAGGGAAACACAUUUCAAUCGGAACAAAAAUACGACUUGCAUGAAUUUUCAAUGCUGGUUUCCUUCAGGCACCUUGGUUUUGAAAUAUCUGUUAGAGAACACAUUUCGGUGGGAACAAAAGCUCCUCCUACUUUCAUCUGUUUGCAAUGCCGAUUUCUCCAACGCUGCUUGGGUUAGAAGUCUGUGUUAGGGAACAUUUUUCGGCGAGAACAAAAUUCCCCCUACUUUCAUGUAUUUGCAAUGCCGAUUUCCCCAAGGCUGCUUUUGUUUUCAUUUAUAUUUUGAUAUACAACAGCUCUACCGAAGUACAGGAUGACUCAAAAAUCAUGAAAUUCGUCAAACAUAAGGUAACUAACGUUUGCAUUGAAAAAAUGGACUUUUUUCGGAUGGUGAUAAAAAAACUAAGACAGAUAAAUUUGAUAAAUUUCCCAUGGAAUGUAAUUAUAUUAGCUUACUUGCAAGAAACUAUGGAUGGGUUAUAGCCAUGAUAUAACCGCAAGGUUAACGUAGGCUACCGUUGACUUAGUAAUCAUUUGUUUUUUCAAUUAGCAAUAACCGCACCUCGGAUGUUCCUCAUUGGGUACGACAUCAUUGUUGCGCAGAGCUAUCUUUUGUAUGAAUUGAUUAAAUUAUUGAUUAAACUAGUGAAUGAAUGAUACAAUUUACGAAUUCAAUUGCAAACAAAUCUCAAUUUAGGUCAAUUCAUGCAUUAUGGUAGUGGUUAUCGCAGUAAAUAGUUAUCAACAUUUUGCCUAAUCAUCAAAUGGUAUGCGUAGAAGUUGUACCCGCCUUUGUAGACCGUGUUAGCAAAACGAAUUCCGGAGUAUAAAAAUGCAUGGGCGUAUAAAAGAACUGCCAAGAUCUGCAAUGCUGAUUUUCUCAACUUACUGGUAUUGGAAUCUGUGUUGGGAAAAAACAUUCCGGUUUGCAAAAAUGCAAGCGAGUACAAAAGUACUCGCAGCUUGCAUCUCAUUUGCAAAGCCAAUUUCCUACGCUCCAUGGUUUUGAAAUCCGUGUUAGGGAUAUACUCCGAUUUGCAGAAACGCAAACGAGUAAAAAGUACCCACAACUUGCAUCUAUUUUGCAAUGCCAGAUUCCCCAGGCUCCAUGGUUUUAAAAUCCGUGUUAGGGAAACAUUCCAAUUUGCAAAAACGCAAACGAGUACAAAAGUACCCGCUGAUCGUAUCUAUUUUGCCAGGCCGAUUUUCCCAGGGUCCAUGGUUUGGAAGUCUGUGUUAGGGAAACAUUCCGAUUUGCAAAAGCGCAAACGAGUACAAAGGUACCCGCUGAUUGCAUCUUAUUUGCAAUGCCAGUUUCCCCUAGCUCCAUGGUUUUGAAAUCUGUGUUAGGGAAACAUUCCCAUUUGUAAAAAUCCCCUGGCUUAAACAGGAAUACAUUGAGAAUACAUGUGAUUAGUAUUAAGCUUCAUUAACAUUUCAAGUAUAUAAAUUACUAAUCAUUUCCAACAGUUUUUAAACAAUACGAAAAUAACAAUAAACCCAUAUAGACCAAUACAAUUUCAAUGGAAGUUCUAUUAACACUCCUGUACUCGCGCGAAAAAUCGUAACUCGUGUACUCACAGACUGUGCACAUCUCUGUUAUAUUGCUAUUUUGUAUUUUUAGGCGUCAGAGGUAUUUAUUCAAAGAAAAAAUAUAUAUGUGAAUGAAAAAACCCCAGAAAAUAUUUUGCUCUUUAACUUCGUUCAGUUUUAAUAGUCAUUUAAUUCAGCCACCUCAUUCAUUCUCGGUCUGUUAGACAUAUGCGUGAGUAUAGGAAGGUUAAACACAAUCUUCUUGACACACCGAUUUCAAACAAAUGUACCCGGCUCGAUUCAUAUUUCUCAUCGAGAAUACUUAACUCUUUGACCUAAUCCUGUAUUGAUAUUGUAGCAAACUGAAAAACCACACGCUCGAUUCAUAGGUUGUGAACUUGGCCUUAAUUCGGUUCGUGUGUUCCCUCAAUCCGGCGAUAUUCCCCCACGAGAGCCCCAAGCUUCGGCAAAACAUUCCUUUCCAACCCAUACCCAGAUUUGAAGGAACCCCCAUUUGACCGAUGAAUAAUUGAUUUGUGAGUAGUUGCUCCCGCAGACCCGGAGCAAGGCUGGCAAGGUUGCCUACACCACCGGGCCAGUUUGGCAGCUCGUUAGGGUUAACCUUUCAUCUUUUCGAAACUGCAUUUAGGUUCGUUUCGUUCGUUCGUUCGUGUGUAUGAUUCUUCUGUUGGCUGUUGAUGAUUGGUGAAGGGAUUCGAUGUGAAAACGAAUGGAUGCUCAAUAGUUGAUCCGGUGUUUUGGCACCCUCUUAGAAUCGGCUAUUUCCGAACCCAGUUUCCAGCCAUUCAGUGUUCAGUGAUGAAAAUUGUAUAUAGGAGCUCUCUAAAAUAUUUCGUUUAUAUGUAUGUAUUGUAAGGAAUGCAAUCACGAAAGUGCAAGCCGUCAGUCGAUAUUCCCUUGAGGUGCAAAUGUGCCCAAUGCAAUUUGAAAAAGAACAUUAUACCAUUAUACCAAUUGAUUGUAAUUUUUUGCAAAGAGCAUUUCGCGCUUAGUGUGCAUACAAACUCACACCUACCCUUUACAUGGAGUACUAAAGAAUUCGUGAGCAGACCGUAUCGAUUGGUAAUUGUUCACGAGCAUCACGUUCGGUCGCAAACAAAAAUAGUUUGCUAAUCGUGCAAACACUUCCACCACUUACCUGCUCUUCCGGUUGCCUGUGGAACUGGGGAAACUUUCAGCUCGGCACAAAAUUUCCAAUCUUCUCGAAACCAGGAACACUCGUGGCGUGUGGUUAGGGUCGGCAGUCGGCGGGUUGAAGUCACAUAUAGAAGUUUCCUUCACAUGUAUCAACAAUUACCUGCAGCGAUAUCAGUCGCCGUGGUCAAUGGAGCAGACCUCAUGAUGAUUGUGUAUACACAUAAGUUGCUAUCAAGUGGGAGGAAGACAAAAAUUAAGCAAAUUAGAUGAUAAAAUUGAUUGGAAACAGUAAAUGAUAAAAAUAGCUGCUACCAACAAUUAACACAUUGCAAAUCGAAAAACUCAGGCACGUGUCACGUGCAUGAAUAAUCAAUAAUGAACAUAAUUAAUGAUAGAAAAGGGUUUGUUUUGUUUGGUAGCAGUACAAACAGGUUGAGUGACACUCCACUAGAUCGUCCAAGUUGGGUAUAUAGAAUUCAAAUCGAUCUGUCGAUUAGUAUCUAACCCAAAAUUAUAUGAAUCUAUAUUCCUGAUACUGGUCCCAGAUGCAGACUUCAAACUUCAAAUUAGGUUUCAGAAUUCACUCAGGCAUAAGAUAAGAAUUCGAACUAAAAUCUCGCAUUCAGACUCCGAACUAGGAAUUCUGAUUUAUUUUAAAACGCUACGCUACAACGCACACUUAGAUAACACAUAUCGAUAUAGAAAUUUCCAACUCAGAUUCGACUGAGAUCUUGAAUCCAACUUUUGAUUCGAAUUUUAAAUUUCAGAAUUCAGACUUUUGAAUUUCAGAUUACAGACUCAGAUUUCAUAUUUAGAUUCCCUAUGCUAGAGUUUAAAUAUCCAGAUUAUAAAUUCAGUUGACAGAUAUGGAUUGUUCGUUCAGAUUACAAAAUAAUAUAUACAGAUCUCAAAUAUCAAUUUUUUAAAAUUUGAAUUUCGAAUCCAAUUUUUUAAUGCUUUAUUUGAGAGACUUUUAGCCUUCUUGGAUGGUUCGUUUCUCUAGAAAAUAUAGCCGCAGCCUUAUUCCCUUAAUCGCGAAUGGGAAGAAACAAAGAUCUUCAUUAUAGAUCCGCUGUUUGUUGCUCAAAUUGCAUUCGGCAUUUUUCAGGCAGCAGAAAAGGGAAUAGUUCUCGACCGGUCGCCGCCUAGGACAUAUCGGAAGCAUCCGCAUCGGGUAAACACAUAUGAAGUUUUCGAUGUAUUUUUUUACUUUUUUUCUGUAUUAUAGUAAAUUUCAACACUUUGGCUGGUUCGUCACUUUAUUUCCAUUUCGGCAGAAUGUCGGAAGCGAGAAUUGAACUCGUGACCUUUAGUUUGUGCGGUACGGAUGUUACCACUACGCCAGAUCGCCUCUACGGUUGUGGACCUGUCAUAGAUCGUAGAGUGAACGAAGAGGCCCCCUGGCGAAGGCGUGUGACGCGUUUUAGUGACCGAUGCUGGACAGGAUUCGCCGCUCCCUCAAAGCUUCUACGUCCUUAAAGCUCUUCAUGGAACCAUUCAUUUUCCGGAGGAACUGUCGCAUCACCCACGGCACAUUUCAAUAUGCCGUGAAGUCGGUUAACGGUUUGACGGUUAAAAAAUAAACGAACACGAAUCGUCGUAGGGCAGAUAGCGACGAAACACAGGGCAUAGCCGAGACUGCAUGGUAAAAGUUCAGACAUAAUCCGCUGUGCGUUGUGGUAAGUCAACGAUAAUGUUUUCAAGAGGUUUUCUCUGGCCAGGCAUGUCAAUUCGGAGCCGUGGGUGAUGCGACAGUUGAUGAUAGCUUUGGUUAUCCAUAAGCGAAUCAUUCGGUUGUUAAUCUGGUUAGAUAUCGUCCUCGAAGGUGAAUACGAACACUCCCUUCUGUAGUACCUGGAACAAACUGUUCAUCGCCCUCAAGAAGAGGAAGCACCUGCAUCUGGUGUUCCCAACUUUCACCUCGAAGGUCCGUUUUGUGGCGAGGUUUUUAGUAAAGCGCAGCAGGUUACCUUCUACUCACAAUCUUCCAGUGUUUUCAGAACGUGUGGGUUCCAGGGUCGGUUAUAUGUCUUCUCUUAAUCCAGGGCUACAAUCUUCACAUGCUGUCUCUUCUCAUUGGUGGUAUCGUUGUUUACAGUCUCAAACGAUCUCAAGUACACGAACGCGUUCACCAACUCCGGUUUGUCAUCGUCUACAAUAAUAGAAGGUGGGAGGCGUAGGUUCUCGUCUUUGGAGCCUCUUCCUUCCAUGUACUCGGCUUUUGCCACAUUCAUCUCCAGGCCUAUCAACCUCACCUAAACCAUCACCUUGGCGUAAUCCUCGGUGCGAUUCGAAGGGACCCGAGAGUAUUCCUGAAACUCGCACAAAGCACAUCACUUACACCAUGGUAGAUCUGAUAAGUCGAACUAAGUUAUUACGGAACGUUAUUGACGUAGGAUUACGUCUUUCGGGAACACUUUGGGGUGUAAAUUUAAGAACUCCGAAUCGGUUAACAGAUAACUAUUAAAAUCAACCGCAUGUUCAUUCUACCCCUGUCUCACCCGCACAUCCACUACUGAACAUUUUGCAAUGCAUGAAUUAGUAUUGUAAUGGAAUUUCGCGAAGCAACCAAUAUGUCGAAUCAUAUUAUGUUGUCAUAUUAUGCGUAAUUCGAAAUUGGGCAAUUUCAGCGUGAGUGUAACACUCUCUGGUAGCAGUUUUGCUGGAAAUAUCUUCAAAGCUGAAACAAAUUAUUUAAAUCUUCGAAUAUUAAAACCGAUCGCCAAAAAUGUUUGUUCGUGCAUCAUUCGAAAUCUAGGGUAUUCUUCUGUCAUCAGCGCAGUGGCGUUGAGUGAAGCUUUCGCCCCCGGGGGGAGGAGUUGGUUUACUUUAAAAACACAAAUUCCCGAUAUAUUUGAGAGAAUUUAAUAACCAGCAAUCGAACUAAGCUGUCCUCUUCAGGGUCACCAGAUUUUUAUCAGAAUGUUUGGUGAUUGAAAUUUUCAAACCUAUCCACACUCAGUAUGCAACAAAUAGCCUAACAUAAUCCUACGUCAACUGUACAGUGGUGCCUCGGACACAACCCUCCUGUAACUUUUACGUUUUCUUUACGCCGAUUAAUGUGUGAUGUGUGGAUAUAUUAUAUUCUUGACAUUUUUGCAGAGUUUGUCGGAGUGUAAAUAUCUGGUAAUUGCUUGGCCAAAUGUAAUAGACAACGGGAGAAGAUCUGGGAGGGUACCUUAUAGGUGGCAUUGAUAAGCGUAUGCCGCGUUAGUAAUUGCAGUCUUACUUAUCACCGUUUUUGUAGAUCGAGUACACAAUACCCUGCAUCCAAUCUUGUUAAUUUUUUUAAAUAAAAAGAUGGAAUCAGCGUUCUUAUGUUUGGAUUGUUCCCUACAAGUACUUCUUCAGGCAUUGGGUCUAGAAAUUGAAUUAGAUUGGGACGGUACAGUUUAGAACAAAUUUUAUUUACUGUGGUCUGGAAAGAAAAAAUAACAACAUUAUCACUAGUAUGUAUUUUUGUACGUCAAAAGCAAAAUAACAAGAUAUCUUAAAAGGCAGUAGAUCAUUGGCCCUAAUUUAUCGCUAAUUUGACAGGACCUUCUGUAACCGGGACGAACAUCAUGCUUGUCCAACACAUGGAUAUCCGAUUGCAUAUUUUUCACUUUAUGUUUUUAGCGAAUUGACUCGAAUAACUAGAAUCCCACUGAAAAUAGCCGCAGACUUUAUCUCACCAAUUGUACACGAACUUCCAAAUAUCACACAGACACUCUCUAUUCACGCCAUCAACAAUUUUCGAAAACUUUACCUUAGAGAAUUAAAAACAUCUUCGCAUAAAAAUCCCAAAACCAUCGAAUCCGUUCACCUGUUUCGCAGAUCGAGAUACGAAAAUGUUAAACGUCCCACUGAUUGAACCGCGUUUGAAAAAAAUACAUUUGAACUAACUUACUAACGAGUGCAUUUUCCCUCUCACUGAGACAUUAUUUUAACACACUUUGAGUGGAUCUCAAGAUUCUGAAAAUGAAGAGAAUAAAAUCAAACGAAUUUGGCCUUAGAUUAGAAACAAAAACAAAGCAGCGCAGCACAAAUUGAUAACACACAACGCGUGAAUUUUGGCAAAGCAUGCUUUGGGGGAUUUUUUUCAACACAUUCAACACACACACAUAAAUUUAUUAAUCACGAAUUGAUCGUCGAUUUGCGGCAAACGGUUCCCGGAAUAAAUCGCCACAGAAAACGACUGCAACAGAAACCACCGCUUAUAAAAUGUGUAGUAGGCUAUAAAUAUUGUGGCGCGGUAUUGUAUUUCAAAACAAGAAUUAACCGGGCAAACGUAUCGCCCCAGGCAAACGUAACGCCCCGGGCAGACGUAUACCGUCCGACGCUCGCUAGAGCUCGGUCGGACAUUGCUAAAGGAUCGUAUCCUAUGUUUCAAACUAACCGGGCAAUCAGUGGAUCCCAGGUUUGCGUGCGAGACACCGCCGCUUCCGACGGCGGGUCGGCGGUGGACUCGGAUUGCGUCAUCUUGGCGGCAUGGGCCGCCUCGAUUCCUUAUCCUCGCCAAAUGGGGACUUCGUCCCCAUUACAUUGUCCUCAGAAUAAAUUUCGAAAAACGAGAACAAGAGAAUAAAUUUAUAAUAGAAAUGUGAGGCACAUGAUGUUUUUCCCGCGCCAAAUAUUUCUAGCCUACUACACUUUUUCUAAGCGGUUGUUUCUGUUGCAGUUGUUUACUGUGGCGAUUUAUUCCGGUCACCGCGGCAAACCACGAUUGAGCGACAGGAAUGCGUGACAGAAAGCGAUGUGUGUUGAAAUACGAACAAUUUGUAUACAUUUUAGUACUAGGAACAACAGACAUUUGUUAGCAGAAAGCAACAUAUAUCAACUAAAGGUAAAACAAAACAACAAAAUAAACACUCAAGCACAGCGAAUUGAAUUUGUAAUUAAAAAUACAUACACACACAGUGCGAAGAUUCAUGUUAUCAAGUAACAAACUAUUGGGUGCAACAGGACUUCCCAGCUUCUCGAAAGGAAAAUCAAACAAAACUGAAGAUCAUUAACCGGCUGCUAAGGGCGGUCGAAGCUGAUUGAGUAAUUUGACGCGCACAAAAUUGAUUUUUUUAAGGCCAACAACCGAGAUGAUAGCAUUAGUUUGUUCAUGUAAAGCGUUACACCGAGGACUUAUUUGAUCGAAGGGGUGUUUCACAAGAACAAAAAAGUUAGUCUUAGCGAAGCACUAUUGCAUCUCUGGAAUUGAUGGGUGACUGAUUGAUAGAAACAAAAUGGCAGCAACCGCGGGAUUGGUUGGUUGUUGCUAGAACAAGAUUCGGAAGAUUUUAUGUGUAGGCAGAAAAUAGCUUGAAGUGGUUACGCUAGGAAAAAAAAUUAUACCGUCGGAGAACACCAGUUGACAUCAUUACACUUAGUUGGCGAAGUACCACGACAUGAUUAUGAAUGUAUAUACAAUUUAAUCAAAAUGAAAGAAGCCUCGAAAAACAGCAGAAGAACAGACAUCAACAAUGCCAAUGUAGAAGAUUGAACGAGGGCAUUGUUAAGCGGGUUAGGACGCAGCAUCUUAAUAAUGAGCAGAACAUUGUAGAUUGUAAGUAGCAGUGAAACAAAUAUACAUAAUUAGGUGCGAAUAAGGCGAGCCAUUGCCAAGAGACAAGCUACUGUACAUUCACCGCGGAAAACAAACAUUAAAGUCAGUAACCUUAACCGAAAUAGUAGCUAAAUUUCCACAACAUCUAAAACAGAACAAAUAAAAACACACAAACAAAAGGAAUUGCGGCAGUAACCAACUUGUUUGAAUACAUAGCCUCUCCACCACACAGACAUAAACAAACCCAUACUAUCCGCAUAUAGAUGGAGAGAGGCAGUCGUUAUUUUUCAUAUGUUUACUUUUUGUAUAGAGAAAAAAACAGAAUUAUAUAAUUAUAUAUGAAAUUGUAACUAAGACGGAGGGACAGUCGGACAGACGUGAAAGAA